AUGGCAGAAACAGAUGAGUCUUUGGAGGAAGCGCUCGCAAGGCUUGUGGCAGAGGCUCAGGUGGAAGACUUCCCGCUGUCAUCCGAGCCAGGGCUGGAGACCAAUCCAGAUGAUGCUGCACUUGUUCCGUUUCUUGAAGAUUUGGACAGUGCUGUGAAUCACAGCUCCAGUGUCGAUGGUGUACAGCAUCGCCAAGAGGACGAAGAGGAUGCUGCGCUGCUUCCGUUCCUUGCAAGUCUUGCAGGUGAGGCACGUGACACUGGUGUCACUGCGCCUGUGAGUGAGUCUGCUCCGGCGCCCGCUGCUCCGGCGCAAGAGCGGCGAAAGCGUCAACGAAUCGAUUGGCAACUUGCCGCAAGGCCUCCAACGCCGCGUAGCGUCAAAGAGGCUCUGGACCAACUGGGCCACCGUGACCGGACUGAUGCACGAGAUGCCUGGGUGUUCCGUUUCCUUGCCGCAGCACCGGACCUGAAGGCGAAGUUUUCGGACAGCAAAGCGGCUAAGGCAGCUUUACGGAAGUAUUUCGCAUCGAGUACGAGCGAAAUGCUGCGGCACGAGUGGUAUAAGCAUUGGGUGGCGCCUGCGGCUUGCGGCAAGCCAGCUUUUCCUUCCACGGAGGUUGUUUUGGCAUGGUGGCGACAGCAUUCAGACUUGGACUUGCAGAUCGUCGCUAGCAGCGCUCCUGGAAACCAUGAUGGUGACCCUGCGCCAGCAGAUGGACACGAGGGAGGGUCUCGUGUGCAUGGCUACAUGUUGACCUGGCACGGCCGCUGGGGUUGUCGAAAUCCGGAAGCCCAGGAACUCAUGCAGAUGAGUGCGACUACGCCUUCAGCUGUGUUAGUGCACUUAGUUGCUGGCAGCGCUUUUUACAAGUGGCUUUGGCAGCAGUUCAAAGUCAUGGCGUUGGGCGCGUGCGAAAAGUUGGAAUGGCCUCGGCACACAUUGAAAAUGGAGCUUUCAUUGCGUAGACGUUGCCCCGAGAAUCUGGUGCAUUUCCACCUUGCAGUCACCGACUCCAAUCGACGCCAUAGGCUGAGCAAUGAGAAUGGCUUUUGGACGUUCAUGGGUGCCCAGCCACAUGUUCAGCCUGUUUUGGGAAAAGGGAGAUAUUUGACGAGGGCUCUUGAUGCUGGCCACUAUUACUGUCAGGCGCCGAAGAUAGGCAGCGUGCACGUGGCUACCAACUACGUGGCGUAUCGAGAUUUUACAGUGGAACUCCAAACAAUAUUUAACUUGUGGCGACGCCACAAGCUUGAAGAUUCUGUGGCGAAAUCCGAGCUCAUGACGGCACGUGGCCGCGGGACUCGCAACUACUUGGCCGAGAUCCAGUAUCAUGAGGCGUGGCAACAGGCGCGACGGAAUGCAGCGGUUAAGGCUUUGUUGGAAAGCUGGAUGCCUUGGAAGCCGAGCCGUAUCGUUCCUGCAGUUGCCGCUGCGUAUGCAUGCAGCAUUUUGUCAUGCCCAUUUUUCCUAGGCCUGUUUCUGUGGUUGCGCUUGUGUUGA